AUGUAUCGGUGCAUGCCGUUCCCUCCACCAGGUUACUUGUGGAAGGGUGUGGGUGGACAAGCUCUUAUAGAACUGAUCAAGCUGAACAGAGGAAAGGUGGAGGCUGAUAAGGAAGGAAAGAAGGAAAAGAUGAGGAGGAGGAAAGAGAAGAGGAAGAGAAAGGAAAAUGUAGAGAUUAAGCAGAAAAGGCCAAAUCUGCAGGAUAAGGGGCACAAGAUUGAUGGAGAGAAGAAAGUUCAAGAAACAACUGACAGUAAAAUAAGAAAAGAUAAUCUCACUGGAGAGGUCAAGCAGCCCAAGAAAUUUGAGGGGAAACAUGACUCUUCUGGAAGCUUCUGUGCUUGUUGGGUUUGCUCCCUUCAUGCAGACAUUGAUCUUCUCUUGCCAUGUCUUUUUCAACUGAAAAAAUGCCUUGAUCAAGUGCUAUAUAGAAAACCAGUUUGUUCAACUCCCACACAGACACACACUGCUGUGCAAGAGAAGUUUAAGAAAACUUCUAUAGCUGGUGAGAAGGCUGAAGCUGUUCUUGUACCCAGCUUCUCUCAGAAUGGUUCUCUGCAGAAAGAAUCACGAUUUAAAGAGUUGGUUUUGAAUUGGGUUCCUCCUCCCUUGGAGAAUCUAAGCAGUGAAUUUAAUGAUCAAGAUCAACAGUGGCUCUAUGAUGGAGUGUCACUCAGGAAUGACACAAAAAAGAAAAUUGAAGCUAUCAAUGAUCAUUUGUGCUAUCCAUUUACAACGCUAUUUUAG